AUGUCUUACAAACCAUUCAUCCCGAUCGUUCAUCUUUUGUUCGUUUGCUUGCUCGCCGGAAACCUAGGGUCUCAUACUGGCGUAGCGGCUGGUACUACAACAAAUCAAGUAUGUACCUCAGAGUGGGUUCCACCGGCAAACGGCGGGCAAGCAAUCUGCGGAAAUGGAUCGGGGAAUUAUGAAUGCAAGGCGUGUGCAAAGAGAGUCCCCAGUAAGAUCGAUUUCUCUCCUUUCCAAUGGAUAGAGAAUAUGGUCACCCAAGGAACAACGGGGGCUCAUGGAAUUGUGAUGCUUCAUACGACACUUUGGCAAAGAAACGUGAUGACGGCCGGAAUUUCUGUCAGUCGUUUUCCAAUUUUCAAUCCAAGUAUUUUGGCUACGUAUAUUCGAGAUAGCUUGAGACACUGA